GACCUCUCCGUUGGCUCCUCCUGCACCUGCUCUUAUAAUCCCGAGGUCGUCGCUUCGUGGUGAAAGUGGCGGCUUCUGCUCAUGGUGCGGGGUGAGAGUGGCAGAGAUGGCAAGGCACUGUCGACAUGCACCGGCGGCGCUGUUCUGCUGUGCCCUCCCCGCAGCCUGUAGCCGUCAUCCCAUGCCCUCGUGCUCCCCCCGAUGCUCUUCCUCUUCGAACGCCAUUGCGAGUGCGGCUGUCGGGCGGUGCGGGGGACGAGGGAGUGCCGCUUUCUUCGUAACGUGUUCGGGAGGGAGGCGACGAGGCCGGGGUGGAAGGAAGGGGGAAUGUGGUGAAGGAGGAGGAGAGUCGGAGACAUCACGCGGACUUGCCGAAGUUCGUCCGCACGAAUGACACCUCCAGGUUCGCCGACGCAUUAAAGCAUCCUUACACGCACCAAACCUGCGCUGCGACAUCUUUGGAUAG